UUGUAACAGUGUGCUGAUUAUUUGGGCUACAUAGGCUGAUACGCUCAGUGAUGGAUGAGGGUCCGCCUACAUAUCACAUCUGUAUGAAGGAAAAUGAUGAAAAGAAGCAUAAUAUUGACUCGCUUUAUAAACAGCGCUGCCUCUCUCGCACUCCCCUGGAAACAAAGCGAGAUUAACCGAACGCAGAUUUGACUUAACUACGACUUAAACUGUGUCUGUAUAACGUUAUAGUGGCGUCGCCGGGCGGCUGUCGCACCGUUAAAACUCCGCAGCUCCAGGGCCUAACGUUACAUACUGAAAAGGCCUGCUCGUCUGGUAGAACAACUGUUUGCUGUCUUGACUACAACGAGGAGGAGACGGCAGUUUUUUGGGGGCGAGGAGAUGCACCAUAUGGAGGACUGAGCUCGAGGCACUUCGCCCGCUACUGAGCGACCGACAUGGGAGAACGAAGCAGGGUCUCACAGCCAUGAGGACGCCGCCAUGUUGCCUUGAGCUGGGGAUACCUGCACCUAUGGCAUCAUGGUUAGCGUGAGCUCAGCAGCAACGAUGCCGGUUCACCCUGGGGAAGAAUGGUUCACUCCACUACUGUUCCCCUUCCAGAGGCAGGGGACACUAACGCCAGUCUCUCCCGCCUCGUUACGGGGCUGCUGAACCUUUCCGAGAGGCCGCCGAUGGAGAACGUCUCCGCGGAGUCGGCCACGCCGACGGCGAAGGCCCCGGCGAGCCUGCGAGGCGUCGGCCUACCGCUGCAGGUCUUCUUCUGCUUCGCCAUGGUCGCCAUCCUGCUUCUGGCCCUGUUGGGAAACAUGGUGGUGUGCUUGAUGGUGUACCAGAGAUCGGCCAUGCGCUCGGCCAUCAACAUCCUCUUGGCGAGCCUGGCGUUUGCGGACAUGAUGCUGGCCAUCCUGAACAUGCCCUUCGCCCUGGUCACCGUCAUGACCACCCAGUGGAUUUUCGGAGACGUUUUCUGUCGAGUUUCGGCCAUGCUCUUCUGGUUCUUUGUGAUGGAGGGCGUGGCCAUACUGCUUAUAAUAAGCAUAGACCGUUUUCUUAUUAUUGUCCAGAAGCAAGAUAAGCUGAGCCCACAGAGAGCUAAAGUGCUCAUAGUGGUCACAUGGGGACUCUCUUUGGUUUUCUGUUUCCCGCUGGCUGUUGGUUCCCCUCCCCUACAGAUCCCUCCCAGGGCCCCUCAGUGUGUGUUUGGCUACAGCGUUGAGCCUGGUUACCACACUUACGUAUUGAUCCUACUGCUAGUCUUCUUCUUCCUACCUUUCAUGGUCAUGCUGUACACGUUUAUGGGGAUCCUGAACACCAUCCGCCACAACGCCAUCCGCAUCCACAGCCACACGGACAGCAUCUGUCUGAGCCAGGCCAGCAAACUGGGCCUGCUGAGCCUCCAGAGGCCCUUCCAAAUGAACAUCGACAUGAGCUUCAAGACCCGUGCCUUCACCACCAUCCUCAUCCUCUUCUCUGUGUUUACAGUGUGCUGGGCGCCUUUCACUGCCUACAGUCUGGUAGCUACCUUCAGUGACGGCUUCUACCACAAAGACAGCUUUUUCCAAAUCAGCACAUGGGUCCUGUGGUUGUGCUACCUCAAGUCAGCCCUCAACCCUCUCAUUUACUACUGGCGGAUCAAGAAGUUCCGCGAUGCCUGCCUCGACCUGAUGCCCAAGUACUUCAAGUUUCUUCCUCAGCUGCCGGGCAACACCAAGAGGCGCAUCCAGCCGAGCGCCGUGUACGUGUGCGGAGAGCAUCGCUCUGUGGUCUGAAGGAAAAGUCCACCCUCAACACUGUUAAAACGCAUCUUUACAUAAUGUACCAUGCAGUUCCGGGCCCGUUUUGUUGUUUGGUGAUAUACUUCUCUCGGCAUGUGUUCAGAACCAAAAAAAACAGCACUGCAUUAUAAAAUAGGCAAGGGGCUGCUGCUGCUACAGGCACCAGAGAGAAAAUGAAAUGCAUCUGGGAGUUUAAAGGCUCUUCAGAUACUGAAGCAUCUGUGCACCAUGGUUUAUGAUAUUAUUAGAUUUUUUUAUACCUCUGUAUUGUUUGAAUUUUUUUUUGUAUUUUUUUUAAAGAUUAUUUUUGGGGGCUUUUCUGCCUUUAAUGGACAGGACAGGUGUGAAAGGGGAGAGGGGGGGACGACCCUGGACCGCUGUGUCGAGGCAUAAACCUCUAAACGUGUGCGCCUGCUCUUCCCACUAAGCCAACCCGGCCACGUUUUAAAUUUUUUUUUGCCAUGCUAGCUGAGCUUCCGUGCGGAAACAGUACAUUCUUGAUCCCUUACUUUAGGAACAUAAACAUUCUUUUCUACAAAAUCCUUCUUUUUUUAUUUUACAAAAGAAGCCAACUUGUCAAGUGUUAAAUCUAAACGGCUAAACAACAACUUUGCCUAAAUAAAAUACAGCUUAAAAUUAGAAAGAUGUUAAAGUAAAAUGGGAUACUAAAUGUCUGUGAUAAAAUAA